AUGGAGAAGUGCUCUCCCAACGCCACUGCCACCAUGCCACUAGUGAACGCCGGCGCACCGGCGCUUGCAAUGCUAGCCGCAACGGCUGCCACCAUCAUGCUCCUUCUUGCAUUCCUGAGGCGACACAGCAGCAAGACCACCCUGUCCAAGCGCGGCGGGCUGCCGCCGGGGCCCGCGGGGCUGCCAGUGCUCGGCAACAUGCACCAGAUGCUCGCAAACAAGCCUGUCUUCCGCUGGCUGCACCGCCUGCUGGAGGACGCCGGCGGGGAGAUCGUGCGCGUGCGCCUCGGCCCCGUGCACGUCGUCGUCGUGGCGUGCCCCGCGAUGGCCCGUGAGGUGCUGCGCAAGAACGACGCCGUGUUCGCGGACCGCCCGGCCACGUUCGCGGCCGAGUCCUUCAGCGUGGGCUACCGCAGCGCCAGCAUCUCCCCCUACGGCGACCAGUGGAGGAAGAUGCGGCGCGUCCUCACAGCCGAGGUGCUCUCCCCGGCCACCGAGCACCGCCUCCGCGGCGCCCGUGAGGAGGAGGCCGACCACAUGCUGCGGUGGGUGCACGCCCAAUGCAAUGCCGGCGGCGUCGUCGUCGACGUGCGCCGCGUGGCCAGGCACUUCUGCGGCAACCUCAUCCGGAGGCUCACCCUGGGGCGGCGGCAUUUCCGCGACCAGCAGCCGGACGCCGUCGGGGCGCCGGGGCCCGACGAAGAGGAGCACGUGCACGCGCUGUUCGCGGUGCUCGGCUACCUCGACGCGUUCGCCGUGUCUGACUACUUCCCGGCGCUGGUUGGCCUCGACCUGGACGGCCACGAGAAGGUCAUCAGGGGCGUGAUGAGGACGCUGAACCGGCUGCACGACCCCGUCAUCGAGGAGCGGGUGGAGGAGUGGCGGCUGCUGCGGAAAGCCGGCGAGCGGCGCAACGUUGCCGACUUCCUCGACGUGCUCGCCUCGCUUGACGGCGCGGGCGGCCGGCCGCUCCUCACCGUGGAAGAGAUCAAGGCACAGGCCAUUGAUAUCAUGAUUGCUAGCGUGGACAACCCAUCGAACGCGGUGGAGUGGGCGCUCGCGGAGAUGAUGAACAAGCCGGAGCUCAUGCGGAAGGCGAUGGAGGAGCUCGACGCCGUCGUCGGCCGGGACCGGCUGGUCCAGGAGCCCGACCUCCGCAGCCUCAACUACCUCAAGGCCUGCAUCCGGGAGGCCUUCCGCCUCCACCCGUACCACCCGUUCAACCCGCCCCGCGUCGCCAUGGCCGACACCACCGUCGCCGGCUACUCGGUCCCCAGGGGCAGCCAGGUCGUCCUGAGCCGCGUCGCCCUCGGGCGGAACCCCAAGGUGUGGGCCGACCCGCUCGAUUUCCGGCCGGAGCGGCACCUGGCCGGCGACGAGGCCACCGUGGCGCUCAGCGAGCCAGAGCUGCGGUUCGUGUCCUUCAGCACCGGGAGGCGGGGCUGCCCCGGGAUCGCGCUGGGCACCCUCUUCACCGUCAUGCUGUUCGCGCGGCUCCUGCAGGGGUUCACGUGGAGCAUGCCGCCCGGCGUGGACGGAGUCGAGCUGCGCGAGGCGGAGGCGAGCCUCGUGCUGGCGGAGCCGUUGCGUCUGCAGGCUAAGCCGCGGCUGCCGGCGCAUCUCUACGGGCCUGAGUACGACUGCUCCUCGCGACAGCUAUAG